AAGCCGAGAAUAGCCGAAGAGCGUCGCCGGGAAGAGACGAAACGCUGACAUUGACAGAAGUAUCUAGAACAGCGGAAUGCAGUAUGAAAAGCGGAGUUGGGACGUACGGCAGUGUUCGCUUGUUUGUUAUCUAAAGGACGAACAGCUAUAUUCGGCCAUGCCCAUGAACUGAACCUGGAUUAUUUAUUCGGCGCUCCGGAUAUUUAUCGGCUCUUUUGUUUCACAUAAAUGAGCUCUGCUAAAAUCAACUUCUAAGUCUGAGAAAUGUUUUAUCAGAUGCCUGUAACAUUUUUCGACGUUGCUGCCUCGUUUACAGAGGAGCAGUGGUCCCGUUUGGCGACUUGGCAAAAAGAGCUUUAUCAGAAUGUGAUGAAAGAACUUCAUGGAGCUAUAACCACACUAGGUCACAAAAUUGAAAAUCCAGAAAUUUUGUUCAAAAUCAAAUACUCAGAUGAGACUUGUGUGUGCAUUGAUUUUAAUUCCAAAGAAAGAGAAAAUAUUGAUAGUAAAGACCUUCCUGAUAUAGUAGUAAGAAUAAAAGAUGAAACUUCGCUUCCCUGCACCGAAGAGAAACAAAGUUUCAUAGAGAACCAGAAUGCAGAUUCAUCAGCCCAAUCUACUUCAUUGGACAUCAAGGAGGAGCAGCCUCAAACUGAAGGUCCAGCUUGUAAAAGUCUGACAGCUUCUCAAGACAACAUUGAUGGCCAAACUCCAAUUGUCGUUAAAACUGAAGAAGAAAGUUAUUUAAUAGAAAAUUAUAAUUCUGAAUUUGUUAAAACUGAUAGCGCCACAGCUGGGCCAGUGGAAAUUAAGCAGGAGCCUGAACCCACAAGUGAUGAUGCUAACAAUUUUCACAAUAUAAUUCCAGUUGUUGUAAAGCAAGAAGAUGAAGAUUCCAGCAGUCAUAAGUUUGACGAUACAGAACCUAUUGGAUAUUCGAGCUUAUGUGAGCAGGCAAAUUGUGAAGGAACUCAGCAAGAGCCAACAUCAAAUAUGGCUAUUGUACCCAAACGGAGCAAACUUACUUCUGAAUUGCAUGAAGAUCAGCUUAGCGUGGAAUUAAUUGCUACUAAGGUCUCCACACUAAAUAAAAAGGAAACCUUUUUACCGCGCUUUAGAAUUCCCACAUGUGAAGAGCGAGAUCAUUUUAUACAAGAGCAAAAAAACAAGAAUACUAUGAGGAAAACAAAAUCUGAUAUUUCCACUCUGUUGAGCUUUACACAACAGGUUAAAGAGAACAGAAAAAUUGAAGAUAUCCCUCAUGAAGAGCUUGAUUUGCUUUUGUCAAAAUUUAUUCUUGCAUUGAAAAGGAAAGAUGGAAAAGAAUAUGAACCCCAUACAGUGCGCUGCUUAAUAGGUAGUAUCGACCGAUACCUAAAAGAGCAAAACUACCCUCAGCCGAUAUUACAUGGAAACAACCGUGAAUUUCCGCUAACAAAUAAAACUCUUUCGGCAAAGAUCAAAUACCUUAAGAAACAGGGUAAAGGCAAUCACCCUAAUAAGGGGGAAGCGUUAACAGACGAAGAUAUAGAAAAUCUCUAUAAAACAGAAAUUCUGUCAUUACACAACCCUUCAAGCUUGUUGAACUUGCUGUUUUUUAACAAUGGCAUCCAUUUUGCACUCCGUACCAAAGAACAAUAUGAUCUGCAGUGGGGAGACAUUACACUGAAAAUUGACAAUAAAGGCAAUCAAUAUUUAGAGUACAAUGAAAGGCGAGCCAGGACUGCAGAAAACCCCCAAAAUGUAAAGGUGGUUAAGCCAAGAAUGUAUGGGACACCAGAAACACCUGAAAGAGAUCCAAUCACCGCAUAUAUUAAAUUUAAAAACAACAGACCACCCUCAAUGUUGGCACCAGAUUCCCCCUUCUACCUGGCUCCCAACACAAAAUACAACCCAGGAUAUUCUCUUUGGUACCGUGCCAUGAAAAUUGGAAUCCACAAAAUGAGAUUAAUGAUGACCAGUAUGAAAAUAAAGGCCUCACUGCCAGAAUCUAGAAGAAUUAAGAACAAUUUAAUCAGAAAAACAAUCAUGCAGAAUCUGACUUUCCAUCAUUUAUCACUUACAGAAGCUGAGCAACAGAGUGGACACAUGGACAUUGACUACAUAAACAACUACUCUUUAGUGAGUGAACAAAUACAACAGACUUUAUUAUACAACAUCCAAAAAGACAGUGAAAACCAGCCUGAAACUGCAACAUCCUCUGGCAGUGCCGCAGCACAGUUUUGUAACGUGCAAGAAAAUAUCAACAGUAGAAUUAUGCUGGACUCAAUAAUUGGACACAACUUUACUUCUGAUUCAGACAACAUGGCAUUAAAAAUUUAUAGUGAGUCAGUUACAAGUGAACCGCCAAACAAACGCGCUAAAAUGAUGUGCGACUCUGACUCUGAUUAACAUUAUAAUAUAUUUUAAUAAUAUAGAGUAUAGACUUCUUUGCCUAAUUAUUCUCUUAUUGGUUAAUAAAAAAAACGCUAAUUAUAAUGCACAUUUGUAUUUAUUAUUUCUCCGAAUUUUUUAGGUAAAUUAUUAGUAUUACAAGACACCGUAGAGAUGUUUGUAGAUAAAGCAUGAAAUGCUUUAGUGAUGUGAAAUAUACUUAAUGUUUGCUAUCAAGUCAAUACAGUAUUCCUUAUAUAAUCAUUUGUUCUGGCUGCCAGUAAAUAGUAUGGAUUAAAGAUACAUUAUAAAGAUACAUUAUAUUUUCUAGUCUUGUAUGUUUUAAAUAUUGUUGUAAACUUUUUAUAGCGAAACAUGACCUGCCUUCUUGAUGUUUUUUGCUAUGCUUUUUAUACAUUUUCUUGCUUGCGUUGCUUUAUAGUACAUGAAGAGUUUCCCAUUACUUGCUUGUAAAUUUAGUGAGCCAUAUGUCAAUUCACAAUCUCAAUUUAAUGAGAAAUUAUGUUUGUGAGGCUAAGUUUGGGAUAUGAAUAUACAUGGGAGAUAAUGCUAGUCACUGAGAAUUAAGUAAAAUUCAGUAUACUAAAUUAUGAUGGAUUGGCUACCUUUUAAAUAAGGACCUGCUUCAUCCCAGUUUAAAAUUCAUAUUUGCACCCAGAAGAGUGAUAUUUGGAACUAUGGCUACCUGGAUCCUGUGAUAGGUACUAAUAUGUUUCCCCUAGUGCUAAACAUCCAAAUUGAAUUAAACGUCAUCCAUAUGACACUAGCAGGAGUUUAGGUAGCCCGAGGAACUUAAUUCUGUUCUAUGUGUUUUUGAAAAGAUUUUGAAAGUGUGCAAUUUCCAUCUGUCGGAUGAAAGACUAUGUUGUUUUUCUCAUUGUGUAACCUUUGAACUAAGGUCUUGGAUCACAGAUCAUUAUGAAGGAUGGUAUGCUUCUGCUUUGACUGGUGGCCUUUAACAUAAUCUCUUAGCUAAUUGUGUUCUUUGCCAAAAGCAGAAUCAUUUCGAGGUAUGAUUGCGCAGAACUUAGCCCCACUAAAGGUGGCCAUACACAGGCUGAUAAAAGCUGCAGAGAGACCGAGUCGACAGCUUAUCGGCCCAUGUGUGGGGCCCACCGACGGGCUUCCCUGAGCAAUAUCUGGCAGAGAGUUGGCCAGAUGUUGAUCGGUCAGGGCUAAAAAUCCCCUUGGAUUGCAGACCGAAUCUGUUCGUUGAUUCGGUCCUGCAAUCUGACCACACGUAUGACCCACGAUCAGAUCAGCCUGAUUGCCCACCUCAAGGUGGACACAUCGGGGAUAGAUCUGCUUGUUUGGCUAAAUCGCCAAAUGAGCGGAUCUCUACGUGUAUAGCCACCUAAAGGGAUUGUUGUUUAAAACAACCAUGGGCAAGUUAUUGUUUCCUUAAGAUACAUAUGGGUGUUGAGCUUCUUCAGCAUCAGUGUAGAAAAGUAAUAAUGAACAUUACUUGUCACCUUUCUUCAAAUUAGUUAGCAGGCAGGUUCCAUUGAGCCAAUGGAAGUCUGUCUCUCAUCCACCGUUAUCAUCCGUAUAGAUCUGAAAUACAUGUGUGCAGAUUAAAUCACCUCUAAUCAUUUGGCUCCCCGUGUCAUUAAAAUUGAUCAUUAAUGGAAUUUCUUUAUUUUUUUGAAAGUUGUAUACUGGUGAGAUGUGUGAUGUCAAAACAGUGGUUUUGUAAUAUGCUGGCCUGGAGUCUUUUGAUCCCAAAUUUUUUAGGGAAAGUUGUUUUGCCGUCAAAAGUGCAUAAUUCUUCAAAUGAAUAACUGGCAGUGUCGGACUGGCCGGGCUGGACACCGGGACACGCCGGGCCAUGCACGCCAAGUGGUGCUGGAUGCGCAUGGCGCUGAAAUGCGCAUGCUUGGCAAGUUGCUCACACAGUAGGGGAGGGGGGGCUGGAGGGGGGCCCUGGGACAGCUGUCCUGGUGGGCCCCCGGCCCCCC